UAUGUUAUCUGUUCUAUUCGGAAUCGUCAAUCGUUUUAAUUUUGACGUCAAAGUUAAAUUCGUCCAAAAUUAAAUAAUUCUUUUUAUUUUUGAUAAUUAUCAAAUAAACUAAAAUACUUCUAUUAGGCCCUAAACUCUGAACCAAAGUUUUCGACAGAAUGCCACGUGGAAAGUACACCAAUCACAAGGGGCGUAACCGUAAAUUUACUAGCCCAGAAGAGUUAGAAGAACAGCGUAAACAGGAAGAACUGAAAAAAAAAUGGAGAAAGGAACAUGGAGAUGAAAGCUCAAGUGAAGAAGAGUCUGAAGGAAAUAAGUCUGGAUCUGGCAGCAGUGAUGAAACUGAUUCUGAUGAUGAGGCCCCAGCCAAAGCAAAAGGUGUGUCAGCUUUGAUAGAAGUUGAGAAUCCUAACCGAGUAGUUAAAAAAAAUAAGAAAUUAUCAAAUUUGGACAAUCUCGGUGAAGGAGAGAAACCUCAACUAUCAAGGCGUGAACGCGAAGAAAUAGAACGGCAGCGAGCCGCCGCGGCGUAUCAGAAGGCGCACGCGGAGGGCAAGACGGACCAGGCGCGGGCGGACCUCGCGCGGCUCGCGAUCAUCCGCCAGCAGCGGGAGGAGGCGGCCAAGAGACGCGAGGCCGAGAAGAAGGCCAAGGAGGAGACUACGAAGAAGAAGUAAGGUAGACAUAUACUCUGGACUCAAGUGUGGAAAUCACCAUUUUUGGUUCUUCGUGAUCAUUAAGGAUGACUUAAAUUCACUCAAUGAAUAUUUAUUAUACCUGAACUUUCUGUCGUCUAUGGCCAACAGUUCACAAAUCACACUUUAAAAAUAAUGUUCAAUAACAACAAUUUUGUUUUAUUAUAUAUUAUGUACCAGUUUAUUGAUGUUGGAAGUUGUUCGUAUUGAAUUAAUAGAUAAUUGAAUGUGCAAUGCAAUAAGGACACUUCCAAUGAAAACAUAUUUUACGAAAACAUGAUUUUUGGAUUUGUACGAGGAAGUGAUUAGUUUAUGUAAUAUUAUUCAUAAACCGCUUCGCCAUUAUUGUACCGUAUAAAUGUGGACAAUUUGCAUGUAAAUUAUAUAUGAUAUAUAAAGCUGUUCAAACAUUUACUUCUUCAUUUUAUUGGAUUUUGAAAUUACUUACAUGUACCUUGAAAUUUUACCCUGUGUUCAAUUAAAUUUUAAACAAU